CCGCCCCUGGUCACGUGGAGGAAGUUGCUCUGGAGCCAUGAAGGAGGCGGGCGUGUCGCUUGGGCCCACGGAGCAGACUGUGCUGCUGAACAGUGGAACCCGAAUGCCCCUGCUUGGCAUGGGCACUUUCCGCCUGCAGGGGUCUGAGCUGGUGUCCCAGUGCGUGGAAGCUGCCCUAGCCCAUGGCUACCGCUCCUUUGACACAGCUGCUGUCUAUGGCAAUGAGGCUGCGAUUGGGCAGGCGCUGGGGGCCCUGUUGCCCCUUCAUGGCCUAGCACGCUCUGAUGUCUUCCUCACCACCAAGCUGGGUCCGCGGGACCAGGGCAAGGCGGAAGCUGAGGCCGCCUGCCUGCGGAGCCUGGAGCAGCUGGCCUGUGGCUACCUGGAUCUCUAUCUCAUCCACUGGCCAGGCACACAGGGCAAGCCUCAAGGGGACAAGGGCAACCGGGAGCGGCGCUGGGAGAGCUGGCGGGCGCUGGAGCAGAUGCACCACGCUGGGCACCUGCGUGCGAUAGGUGUUUCCAACUACACCCUGGGACACCUGCAGGAGCUGCUGGCCCACAGCCGGGUGCCACCGGCUGUGCUGCAGGUGGAGUUCCACCCAGAGCUGCCCCAGCGGGAGCUGUGGAACUUCUGCCAGCAGCAUGGCAUCCAUCUCCAGGCUUAUGCCUCACUGGGCUGUGGGCAGCUGUUGGGGCGGGCAGAGGUGGGGCAGGUGGCGGAGCGCCAGGGGCGUACCCCUGCCCAGGUUCUUCUACGCUGGGCACUGCACCAGGGUGUGGGGGUGAUCCCCAAGUCUGUCAGUCCCACCCGCCUGGCUGAGAAUGCCCAACUUUGGGGCUGGGACCUCAGCCCGGAAGACAUGGCUGAGCUGGGGAUGAUGGACUGCAGCAGGCACUACUGCUGGGACCCCAGUGGAGUGACAUAAAGUGGAAGGUGCAUAUGUGUGGGGGGAGGCAGGGCCAGAGGCAUUGUUUUGGGGUAAGCAUGUGUGGAAGGGGGCACUGUUGCAGCGGGGGGAGGGAUGAUGGAAAGAACUUAGGUGGUAGCAGGAGA